ACCAAUAAAUGGUACCAAAUUGUUCCUGUCGUGAGUUUCCAGAGCGCGUUAUCUAGAACUAGAUAUGCAAUAUUAACUUCUCAUUUGUGUUCGAACUCUCGUUUCAAAUUCUCUAACUUCAUCCACCGUUGGUUGGAGGUGGGUAGUGGGUUUAAGCUUUCAUUUAAGCAUACUUCUUCAUUUUUUAUGAUUUUCUCUGCUGAAGAUUUCUUUCUUUAUUUUAUUUUGAUUAUCAUGUUAGUUGUCUUGAAUUGUUAGAAUUCAUAAAUUUUCUCCAUUCCUUCAAUGGAAAUAUCAGCAAAUCAACAAUAAAUUAAUUAUCUUUCCAAUGAAAGGAUAAAACGAUAGAAGAGGAAAAAAAAUCUCGCCAAUGGAGAAAUCGGUUCUUCUCUGCAAUUCCAAACCCCCAGUUGCAGACCUCUUCAAACAAGAAAUCUCAAAUGAAGUUUCCUUGAAACCCAUCAAACCCAGUAUUCCUUCCUCCAAGGUACCUAAAAAGGUGGCCUCGGAGACAGCUCCAAGGAUCACAGAAUUCCACUUAAACCAUUUGUGCAGAAAUGGGCAGCUCAAAGAAGCUGUAUCUGCUCUCGAUUCUAUUGCCAAACGUGGCUCCAAGGUGGGACCCAAGACUUAUAUUUCUUUGCUACAGUCUUGUAUUGAUAUGGAUUCAAUUGUGCAUGGUCGUGAGCUGCAUGCCCGAAUUGGUUUGGUUAGGGAUCCAAACCCUUUUGUUGAGACCAAACUUGUGAGCAUGUAUGCUAAAUGUGGGAGUCUGGAAGAUGCCCGUCGCGUAUUUGGUGGAAUGCGUGAGAGAAAUCUGUUUACUUGGUCGACCAUGAUAGGUGGGUACACUAGAGAACAGAGAUGGAGGGAAAUCAUAGACCUUUUCUUUUGGAUGAUGGAUGAUGGAAUUAUUCCAGACGAAUUUCUGGUGCCAAAGAUUUUACAGGCUUGUGCAAACUUAGGAGAUGUUGAGACAGGGAAGUUUAUACAUUCUUUUGUGAUCCGAAGUGGUAUGGAUCUGUGUGUUCAUGUUAGCAAUUCUAUAUUGGCCAUGUAUGCAAAGUGUGGGAGAUUGAGUUCUGCAAGAAGAUUUUUUGAGAAAAUGGACCAGAAAGACAGGGUGACUUGGAAUACUAUUAUAUCUGGAUAUUGCCAGAGUGAUGAUACUAAAGAAGCCCUUCGGUUGUUUGAUCAGAUGCAAGUUGAGGGAAUUGAGCCAGGUUUAAUAACUUGGAAUAUACUGAUUGCUAGUUAUAAUCAAUCUGGGAAGUGCGACCUCGCUAUGGAACUGAUGAAGAAAAUGGAGAGUUUGGGGAUCACUCCUGAUGUCUUUACUUGGACUUCCAUGAUUUCAGGUUUUGCACAGAACAACAGGAAACAUGUCGCCUUGGAACUGUUCAGAGAAAUGCUAUUAGCAGGGGUUGAACCAAAUGGAGUUACUGUUGCAAGUGCACUUUCAGUUUGUGCUUCUUUGAAAGUUUUAUUGAAGGGGAAAGAACUCCACUCGAUUGGAAUUAAGAUAGGAUGUAUGGGAGAUGUACUAGUAGGAAAUUCACUGAUUGACAUGUACUCUAAGUGUGGGAAACUUGAUGCUGCUCGGCUUGUCUUUGAUAAUAUCUCAGAAAAAGAUAUUUUCACAUGGAACUCAAUGGUUGGAGGAUAUGCACAGUCUGGAUAUUGUGGCAAGGCCCAUGAUCUCUUUGUGAAGAUGAAGGAUGCAGGUAUCCAACCGAAUGUUGUGACAUGGAAUGUUAUGAUCUCAGGUUAUAUACAAAAUGGAGAUGAAGAUCAGGCUAUGGAUCUCUUUCAUAGGAUGGAAACAGAUGGAACAAUCAAAAGGAAUACAGCAUCAUGGAACUCACUUAUUGCAGGCUCACUUCAAAAUGGGCACAAAAACAAGGCUCUAGGGAUAUUUCGUCAAAUGCACUCUUUUUCAGUGCGACCAAAUUCAGUUACUUUGUUGAGCAUCUUACCGGCUUGUGCAAAUUUAGUAGCAUCAAGAAAAGUGAAGGAGGUACAUGGUUUUGUGUUGCGUGGAAGUUUGAAUUCUGAGCUCUCAGUAGCUAAUUCUCUUAUAGAUGCUUAUGCCAAGUCUGGGAACAUUGCUUGUGCAAGAGCCAUAUUUAAUCAUUUGCCAUCUAAAGAUAUCAUCUCUUGGAACUCGAUGAUUGCAGGUUAUGUUCUACAUGGUCUUCCUGAUAUUGCACUUAAUCUCUUGGGUCAAAUGAGACGACUGGGGUUCAAACCGAACAGGGGCACUUAUUCAAGUAUUAUCAGGGCAUAUGGUCUUGCAGGGAUGGUGGAUGAAGGAAAACAAACCUUCUAUAGCAUGGUUGAAGAUAAUCAAAUUACUCCAAGCUUAGAACAUUUUUCAGCUAUGGUAGAUCUACUUGGUCGUUCGGGUAGGCUUGGUGAAGCAUUUAAGUUCAUUGAAGAAAUGACAAUAGAACCUGAUCACUUAAUCUGGGGUGCUUUGCUUACAGCUUGUAGGGUCCAUGGCAAUAUAGGUUUGGCAGUCCGUGCUGCAGAACAUUUGAUGAAAUUGGACCCUGGGGAUUUCAUAGCGUGCAGGUUAAUGUCACAGAUAUAUACAUUAAGUGGGAGGCAUGAAGAUGCUUCAAAAUUGAGGAAACCUAAAAGGAGAAAUGCGACAAGUAGUUCUCUUGGGUUCAGUUGGAUGGAAAUAAAGAACAUAGUGCAGACUUUUAACCCAGGUGAUCAAUCUAUGCUAAAGUCAGAUGCUUUAUAUUCUCUGUUAUGCAGCAUUGCAGAAGAAAGGGUAGUUCCUCCUGAAUCUUGUGAUAUACAGCUAUGCGUUGAGGAGGAAGAGAAGGAGCAGCUUGUUGGGGUCCACAGUGAGAAACUUGCAAUUGCUUUUGCACUUAUUGGCUCUCCUGAUAGAUCUCGAAGCAUUCGGAUUGUGAAGAAUCUAAGAAUGUGCAGAGAUUGCCAUAGGACUGCCAAACUUAUCUCUCUGAGAUAUGGUUGUGAAAUUUAUUUGAGUGAUCCAAACUGCUUCCACCAUUUCAAAAAUGGGAAAUGUUCUUGUAAGGAUUAUUGGUGAUGCAAAAUGAAAAUAAAUUUGAAUCACAGGAAAGAAAUAACUGUGAUGUUAAAUGGAACUCUUUUAUAGAAUUUUACAGAACAACUUGUAGUCACUAACAAGUUCAAUUCUUUGUACCUUAUAGAGCAGAAUGCAUUUCUUCUAGUGAGAAUAUCUGUCUAUGUUUCUCUCUUUCUCUCUCCCUCUCUCUCAAAAAAAGAAAAAAAGAAAAAUCUGUCUAUUAGUUUGAUCCCCCAUGGCCCUACAGCAACUUGGGAAGGUUGGACUGGGUUUAGGGCCAACAUAGGUCAAACCCUAAAACACAGACCUUGGGCUCCGGCCUGGACUAAACCUGAGUUCAAAACCUAAUUUUGUCAACCCAAGUGCAGCCUGAACUGAACCCAACACAACUUGGGUUAGGCUCAUGUGGGUUUGGUCAUGUUGGUUGUGUUUGUAAGGUUUCUUAUUCAUAUUUGCACUUCUAUUUUUCAUUUGGACAUAUGUAUCGUUUGAAUUAGAAAUGGAAUAAUAGAAAUGUUUGUGUGUGUGAGUGUGUGUGUGUGUGAGAGAGAGAGAGAGGUCCUGAUGUACUGUACUAUCAUAGUCCCGUUGUGUCUUAGAUAUUCUUUUUAUUUCUUUAUUUUCUCUUUCAUUAGCCAUGU